CUUUCUAAUUGUGAAAAAAUAUAAUAAAGAUUUGAAGCUUUCAAGUUAUCUAAUAUUGAGAAAACUAAAUACUAUACGGGUCUGAAAAGGCUGAAAAGGCCUAGUGAACAGGCUUUUAAAUAAUUGUCCUAAUAUCAAAGCUUUUAAAAAGUCAUAAUUUUUUAUUGUUUUAAAAGUAACGCGACUUCCGCAAUUAUUUUAGAAUAUAAAACACUGUUUCGUGUUGGUAAAACAUAUCGUUAAUGCAAGGCAAGGGUUUGAUAAGUGUUACAGAAAAUCUGUCUCAUCGUAUUCAACGGUUAAUGUAUUGGUUUACUGAGUUUCAUAAUAAGAGCACAAAUGAGGCAUACUGUUCACAAAGACCUCAAGAGGAUGUAAUGAAAGAAAAUCCAGAAAACUUGUGCAAUUUUUUUGUUAGACCGUAAAAUGGAAUUGAGUGAGCUCGUUAAUACUAAAAGGAUUAAAAAAGAGCAAGUGAAAAUGUUGGAAAUGCGACAACAAUUUCAACAAGCCAACUCGUUAGUUCAUUCAGCUUGUGAAACAACCGAUAAAAUUAAGCAUUUGUGUAUCGACUAAAGGAUAAUAACAAUAAGAGCAAUUUUUUUAAAUAAAACUUAAACGGUUUGGCAUAUCAAUAAAAUUCUUUAUUUUUGUGAAAAAAAGACAUUCGAUGCCAUUUUGUUUGGAACUUGAUUUCUUUCGCAUGGCACGCUUGCAGAAGUCCAGACGCUGAACGCAAUUUUCGACGUUUUUCAAGCAUAAAUCGGUCGAUACUGCUGCAAUUUCAGGUUUAAUGCUUAAAAACUUUUAAUUACGGCUAAAAAAUAAAUAACGCCUAAAAAAAUUCCAGUGAAUAUAAUACGUUCCAUGAAUGAAUCCCAUCAACAUGAUAAAACGGGACCUUCCAGUGCUUAUACUCUCACUGUUCAUACUUUGCGGGUUCCUCACAUUUAUGCAACAUACUUUUCGUGCCAGCGUUGCCAUACAAGAGGGUAUUAUAUCUAAAGAUACGAUACUCGAUAAUGACGUAGAGAGUAUACCACCACCUGUGGAGAUCUAUUUCGGCGAUGAACUUUUCGAGAAAGAAUUGCAAAGUCGUAAAUUAAUGGAACCGAAUGAUAGUCGCGAAUUGAAAGUAUUCACCGAGGCACCAUAUUCACCUGGCAACGCACUGGGGCAACGUUUGAAGAAGUUACUAAAAUGUAAUGAUCGGCCAUUGAAGUUGGAGAAGUUACAGUACGGCAACUAUUGGCUAUUGCGUAAUUAUAUACGUGGCACGAUUAGCAAGUCGGUUGGUUGUGCCGACACAAUCACACUGACCACGAAUGGUGAUUACACAUUCUUCGAAAGUUUGCCAUUCUUAACGGAACGCUGGCAAGCCCCUAUCAGCUUCGCCAUAUUCUCGCCGGGUUAUGACUUUAAGCCUACACUAAGAUCCAUACAAUUUGUGCGAAAUUGUUUGCGUGAGAGUAAGUAUAUACGUGAUUAUGUGACCUUUCACAUAUAUUUCCAACGAACGGAUAUGCCUGAAUAUGUACCAUUGACGGAAAAGGAAGCACUCUUAUCGCCUUACGACUGUGAUGCGUCACCACCUUAUAUGGAUGUCGAUCGCAGUACAAUGUAUAAGGAGGUGCAUAAUAUGACUUACCCAAUAAAUGUUGGACGCAAUAUUGCACGCAAGUCAGUCAAUACAUAUUUUAUAUUUGCAUCAGAUAUCGAAUUACAUCCAAUGCCGGAUUUACCGCGUUUAUUCCUCGAGAUGGUCGAACGAAAUCGAAGUGUGUACUUGGAUAAUAAAGAACUGCGCGUCUUCACGAUACCCGUUUUCGAGGUAACUAAGGAUAGUCAAGUACCUGAAACCAAAACACAAUUAGUUGAAAUGCUACGGUCGCAUAAAGCGAUACCAUUUCAUUCGAAAAUCUGUAAAGAAUGCCAUUUGGUGCCGAAACAUAAUGCAUGGGUAAAUGCCUCAGAUGCUAAAGAGUUGUCGCUCUUUUCGGUAACCAAACGUGAAGGUUGCUUCCGUUAUUGGGAACCGUUCUACAUUAGCGAUAAUCAAGAGCCAAUAUUUGAUGAGCGUGUCACGUGGGAGGGUCAGUCGAAUAAGCGGAUACAGGGCUACGCUAUGUGUUUGCUGAAAUAUGAUUAUUUCGUAUUACAUCCGGCCUUUUUGGUCCAUUCACCAGGCAUCAAAUAUUUUGACAAACAUUCGUCACGUCUCAACUACGUUCCAGCCAUGAAUAAGCUUAUUAAAAAGGUUAUACAGCCAGAAUAUAAUAUUUUAUUUGGAACCAAUAAGAAAUGCCAAACGUGAUACUAGAGGAUAUACUUGAUAAUUUUAGAUAAUUUAUUUUAUAUAAUCAUAUUUUCUAGUUUUAUUAAAUAUAUAACUACUUUUGUAACAUAGACUAAUUAGAAUUCAAAAUAUCGAAAUAAACUUUUUUUUAAUAAAU